AUGGUCCACUUCUCCAAGUUAGCCACAGCCGUGGCAGCAGCCUGCCUGGCCUCCACCACCAUCGCCCAUCCAGGAGAACACCACGACCUUGCCGCCAUCAAGCGCGAGAUCGUGGCCCGCAACCAGAUGGCUUCCGCUGCUAAGCGUUCCAUCGAUUCCUGCUCCAGCUCUCUCAAGCACCGAGAGUUGAACGCUCGAUCCAUUGCCCGACGCGCGGAGACGCUUCAUUCGAUCCGCAACGCCCGGGGUAUAAAGUCAAAGCCACAAAAAUACCGCCGCGACCUCGCAACCCUCGAGACCUACGAAGCAGUAGACCACAAUGAGACAGGACUCGUCGACUACACUGUCGGCAGCAGCGAUACCACCAUCUUCUCCGCCAACACCUCCUGCAUCCUCACUCCCGAAGUAACCGAUGGUCCGUAUUACGUCACCGGUGAGUUAAUCCGCAAAAACGUCACCGAAGGACAAGCCGGUAUCCCGCUGUAUCUCGAAGUGCAGUACCUAGACAUCAACACUUGUCUUGGUGUCCCUUCUCUCUACGUCGAUAUCUGGAAUUGUAAUGCCACCGGAGUGUAUAGUGGUAUCAACGUAACCGGCAACGUUGCAGACGGGGGCUGGGAUUCUACUUUCCUUCGCGGCAUUCAGUCAACAGACGAUGACGGGGUCGUGGCUUUCGAGACGAUCUUCCCAGGCCAUUACGAGGGUCGCGCAAUCCACACUCACUUGCUAGUCCACGACAACGUAACCCUGUUAGCAAAUUCAACAAUGCAAGGCGGCGCCGUGACACACAUCGGGCAACUCUUCUGGCCCGAAACCUUGCGUUCAGCAGUCGAAGCUACGUACCCCUAUUCCACUAACACGCAAGCCGUCACCUCCAACGCGGAAGACAUGUGGUCCAUCGUGCAAGCCGAGAACGACUACGACCCGUUCCCGGAGUUCGUGUAUCUGGGAGAGAGUAUCGAGGAUGGAUUGCUGGCUUGGAUUCAAGUGGGUGUUAAUGUCACGGCGGAUUACAGCGAUGAUGAUUAUUAUCAGGUUGCGGCGGUGCUACAGGCGGAUGGAGGGCAUGAGACGAGUAAUAGCGUUGGGGGGAGUGGUGGAGGUGGAUCGGCGCCUUCGGGGGCGAUGCCUAGUGGUGCUGUGCCGAGUGGUGCUGUGCCGAGUGGGUUCUAG